UUCACCAUGGCCUGCAGUUCGUACAAGGACAAAACGGUGCAGCUGAUUAAGUGCUUCUGCGGCUGCAGCGACAUGACCAUCGCCGAAGUUCGGAGGAUCUACUCCCUGUCGAAUAGUGUACACGAAACAUUGCUGGACAAGGAGGCCACCAGACUGCUGCGAAAGUUCAUGGAGACGAGGCGUUCCGGCGACAAGGACGAGGCCGAACAGUACCUGGAUAUCUACGAGAAGUGCGCCGAGUUUCUGGAGGAGAACCAGCGCACCUUUGCCCAGGACGAGGUCGAUGAACUGGUGGAUUUGGGCCUGCCCUAUGACCUGGAGCAGGAUCUAUCCAGACGGAUGCUCAGCGCCGAUCGAACGGACAUCAAUCGGGGUCUCUACCGCAUCCAGGGAAAGUGUCGCAACGAAAUCGAGGCCAGCAGCGAUUUCCGGGACUUCAGGGACGCCAUCGUGGCCAAGAUGCGUCGGGUGCCGAAAUGAUAUAGUCUUUAUAUGAUAUAUGCUUUAUGUGUUCACCGUGCAACGCCUUCCAAAGUCACUUGGUUACCUUUGGAGAACCGCACCAAACCUCGCUCCUCUCUCCACACCUUUCCCAGUGCCUUAGGGGC